CAUCCGCGCGUUGACCCACAAUUUUUUUUUCCUCCGCCUCUCGCGAUCCCCAAAGCCCUCGCCCAAAACCCCCGCCGCUCCCCAUUUCGGCCUCUCCACCCGCCAUGGCCGCAGCCGCCGCCCCCGCGGUGGUCCCCCAGCUCCGCCCCGCCGCAACUGGGGCCGGGUCCCGCGGCCACCGCCGGCCGCCGGCGCCGAAGCUGGGCCUCGCGGCGGGGCCUCGGGCGCGCUCCCUGGCCGUCGCCGUCGCCGCCGCCCCGUCUCCCGCGACCGGCGGGGUGGCGCCGGUGCCACCCCGCUCCAGCCGCUCGGUUAUAAAGCGUCACACCCUAUCAGUUUUUGUUGGUGAUGAAAGUGGGAUGAUCAACCGAAUUGCUGGGGUUUUUGCUAGAAGAGGAUAUAACAUCGAGUCAUUGGCUGUUGGGCUGAACAAGGAUAAAGCAUUGUUUACAAUAGUAGUGUCGGGAACGGACAAAAUAUUGAACCAAGUUGUAGAGCAACUAAACAAACUUGUUAAUGUUAUAAAGGUUGUUGACUUAUCAAAAGAACCACAAGUUGAAAGAGAACUGAUGCUUAUAAAAAUAAAUGCGGAGCGAGAUAAGCUGCCUGAGAUAAUGGGUUUGGUUCGCAUUUUCAAAGCAGAAGUGGUUGAUCUUUUAGAUAAUACACUAACUAUUGAGGUAACUGGAGAUCCAGGAAAGAUGGUUGCAAUACAGAAGACUCUGAGCAAACAUGGGAUCAAAGAGAUUGCUAGAACUGGCAACAUUGCUUUGCGCCGUGAAAAAAUGGGAGAAACUGCUCCAUUUUGGAGGUUCUCUGCAGCUUCUUAUCCUGAUCUUGAAGUGGCAAUACCUUCAACUUCUCGGCUAAGCUCUGGAGUGGAUGCAGUCAAUCAGAUUUCCAAUGAAUCUUCAGGGGGUGAUGUUUAUCCAGUGGAAUCUUAUGAAAACUUCUCAGCAAAUCAAAUUCUUGAUGCUCAUUGGGGUGUUUUGACUGAUGGUGAUCCAACAGGGUUUUGUUCACAUACUUUAUCAAUUCUUGUGAAUGAUUUCCCCGGAGUUCUCAAUGUUGUAACAGGUGUUUUCUCCCGAAGGGGCUACAAUAUUCAGAGUCUUGCUGUUGGCCCAGCUGAAAAAGAAGGAACUUCUCGCAUCACUACUGUUGUUCCUGGAACUGAUGAAUCCAUUACCAAACUAGUACAUCAACUGUACAAGCUCAUUGAUGUUUAUGAGGUCCAGGAUUUUACUCAUUUACCAUUUGCUGCUAGAGAGUUGAUGAUCAUAAAGGUCGCUGCAAAUGCUGCAGCUCGAAGGGAUGUCCUAGAUAUUGCUCAGAUUUUUGAGGCUCAGAAAGUUGACAUAUCAGACCACACAAUUACACUUCAGCUUACCGGAGACAUUGACAAAAUGGUUAGAUUGCAUAACAUGCUAGAGCAAUAUGGCAUCUGUGAGAAACCAGGAUCAUCCAGAUGUUAUUACAUAGACACGCCCUUGGGAAUAUUGAUGACACAUUUUCCCUUGAUGAAAGAUACAAGUUACAAUAAUAAUCUCGCUUUCAUCGAUUUAACUACUCCAAACCCCUUAUUACGGCGACACACUUCAUCGGGAUCUUUAAUUUACACCAUGACCUGCUAGUAUGAAAAGGACCAUGGGUGGCUCAUGACUUUCACCUUGCGAGGAUGAUGAGGAGGAGAACGGGACGGAGGCAGCGCGCAAUAUGAUCGGAAAUAGAAGAGCAGUGUUGGAUCGUAUUCCUUCUUCUCUUUCUUUGUAAAUCGACUAACGAUGCAGUUCAUAGUUUUCGGGGCCUGGUACUCUCUCACCAGUUGGCAGCAGGCAUGAGUCUUGGCUGGGAUUGUACGGACGGGGUUAUCUUUCUUGAGGUAGGGGUUUUUACAUGCUUC